AUGGCGGCGUCAAGGCUACCUGAGGCGGAUCUUGAGGGCAUUGAAGGCGUUCGAAUGACGUGGAACAACUGGCCACGGACCAAGGUGGAGGCAUCCAAGUGCGUGAUCCCAAUUGCUGCAUCGAUCCAGCCGAUCCGUCCCCACGUCGACCUCCAAAUCCUCCCGUACCCUCCACUGCGCUGCAAGACCUGCUCCGCCGUCCUCAGCCCCUAUUGCCGCGUUGAUUUCACUGCCCUUAUAUGGAUGUGUCCUUUUUGCUACCAGCGCAACCAUUUUCCGCAGCAUUAUCAAUCCAUUUCGCAGACCAAUUUACCUGCAGAAUUGUACCCUAAUUUCCCUUCAAUUGAAUACACCAUUCCCAGUUAUCCCCAAAACCCACAGAAUUUCAACACGUCCACGACAGUCUGUCCCAUUUAUCUGUUUGUUUUGGAUACAUGUUUGCUCGAGGUGGAGCUGGAUUUUGCAAAAUCUGCCUUGAAGCGUGCGAUUGGAAUGCUGCCGGACAAUGCGAUGGUUGGAUUUGUUUCCUAUGGUACGCAGGUACAGGUGCACGAGUUGGGGUUUUCAGAGAUGUCCAAGGUUUAUGUGUUCAGGGGAUCGAAAGAGUUGUCCAAAGAUCAGGGCUUUUGUGAUUUAUUGCAUAAUGAAAUAUUUCUGUUGCCGGCAUCUGAGUGCGAGUAUACACUCAAUUCGCUGUUGGAUGAGCUGGGAACAGAUCAAUGGCCAGUGGCACCAGGGAAAAGGCCAUUAAGGUGUACAGGAGUUGCAUUGAGUGUUGCAGCGGGGUUGCUAGGGGCGUCUAUGGUAGGAACUGGUGCUCGAAUUAUUGCAUUAGUAGGUGGUCCAUGCACAGAUGGUCCUGGAUCGAUUGUUUCCAAAGACUUGUCUGAUCCAGUUCGAUCCCAUAAGGAUCUUGACAAGGAUGCUGCACCAUUUUUCAAAAAAUCAGUACAAUUCUAUGAGGACCUUGGAAAACAGCUAGUCAGUCAGGGUCAUGUGUUGGAUGUCUUUGCCUCUGCACUUGAUCAGGUUGGGAUUGCUGAGAUGAAGGUUGCCAUUGAAAGAACUGGUGGACUGGUUGUUCUAGCUGAAAGUUUUGGUCACUCUGUCUUCAAGGAAUCGUUCAAGCACAUUUUUGAAGACGGGGAACUGUCUCUUGGGCUUUCAUUCAAUGGCACACUUGAGAUCAACUGUUCAAAGGAUAUUAAGAUUCAAGGGAUUAUUGGUUCAUGCUCAUCUUUGGAGAAGAAAGGACCUGCUGUUGCCAACACUGUUAUCGGACAGGGCAAUACUACAGCUUGGAAAAUGUGUGGCCUCGACAGAAACACUUCAAUGACUGUGUUUUUUGAUAUUUCUUCUAAUGAAAAAUCAGAUCCUUCAGGCACGAAUCCUCAAUUAUACAUACAGUUUAUUACAAGUUAUCAGAGUCCGGAUGGCCAAACAAGGCUGAGAGCCACAACCGUUACUAGACGAUGGGUUGAUGGUGCUGUUGGCACUGAGGACUUAGUGAGCGGGUUUGAUCAAGAGGUUGCUGCUGUAGUCAUGGCUAGAUUAGCUUCCUAUAAAAUGGAGAUGGAGGAAGGAUUUGACGCCACAAGGUGGUUAGACCGAAAUUUGAUUCGUCUAUGUUCCAAAUUUGGUGACUAUCGAAAGGACGAUCCAUCCUCAUUUACGUUAAAUCCCUGUUUUUCGCUGUUCCCUCAGUUCAUGUUUAAUCUGCGGAGAUCACAAUUUGUACAGGUGUUCAAUAAUAGUCCCGAUGAGACGGCCUAUUUCCGCAUUUUAUUGAAUAGGGAGAUUAUAAGCAAUGCUGCUGUCAUGAUUCAACCAUCGUUAAUAUCAUAUUCAUUCAAUUCACUACCUGCACCAGCUUUACUGGACGUGUCAUCCAUUGGAGCUGACCGUAUCCUAUUGCUUGAUUCAUAUUUCAGUGUAGUUAUUUUCCAUGGUACGACAAUUGCUCAAUGGAGAAACAUGGGUUAUCAGAAUCAGCCGGAACAUCAGGCUUUUGCGCAUUUGUUACAAGCUCCGCAUGAUGAUGCUGAAUUGAUUAUUCGUGACCGGUUUCCAGUCCCGAGACUGGUGGUCUGUGAUCAGCAUGGUUCCCAGGCGAGAUUCCUGUUGGCGAAGUUGAAUCCAUCUGCGACAUACAGCAAUGCACACGAAAUGGCAGCUGGCUCAGAUGUGAUAUUCACCGAUGAUGUGAGCCUACAAGUGUUCAUUGAUCAUCUUCAGCAGCUGGCUGUCCAAGCUUCUUAA